GUUGAUCAGACACAGAAACCUCAAUGGAUUCUGCUCAAAAUCCCAAAUUUCUUUCAUCUUAUUUGUUCUUUGCUUUUCUUCUUGUAUCCUCAAAUCUCUUAACAUUUUUCAUUUCUACAUCUUUUAACUCCUCUUGUACACUUAACCAACAAACAAAUGCUCCUUCCACUGUUUUGACUAAGCCAACACCUAAAUAUGAAGCUAUUCAAGAAUCUGAUACCACACAAACUGAUCAAAAUCUUCCAUCUGAGUUCCUUGCUUUCACAUCACCACAAAAACUCCCGCGUGGAUUCAACAAAAACUUUGAUUCUGAUGAAAUCAUGCCUCCGAUUGGGCGUCCAUGUACUCUGUUUCAAGAUUUACUUCAUCGUUACAUGUCAUAUAAUGUCAAUGGUUCUUGCCCUGAUGAUGAACUUUUAGCACAAAAGUUGCUUCUUAAAGGUUGUGAGCCACUUCCUCGACGUAGAUGUCAUCCAGUUGCUCCACAAGAAUAUGUCGAGCCUUAUCCUUUUCCUGAGAGUCUAUGGAGAACACCAUCGGAUUUUUCUGUUGUAUGGACUGCGUUUACUUGCAAAAAUUAUGAUUGUCUGGUCAAUCGUGCUAAGACUCAGAGAGGAUUUGAUGAUUGCAAAGAUUGUUUUGAUCUCAAUGGCAGAGAGAGAAGUCGCUGGACAGCGAAAAAUGGUGCUGGUCUUGACUUCUCUAUCGAUGAAGUGUUAGCAGUAACGAAGGCUGGAACAAUUAGAAUUGGGCUCGAUAUUGGAGGUGGUGUGGCUACAUUUGCUGUAAGAAUGAGAGAAAGGAAUGUAACAAUUGUAACAACAUCAAUGAACCUUAACGGUCCGUUUAAUAGUUUUAUAGCUUCAAGAGGGGUCAUACCUUUGUAUGUUAGCAUCUCACAAAGACUACCCUUUUUUGACAACACGUUGGAUAUUGUACACUCAAUGCAUGUGUUGAGUAACUGGAUACCAGAAACACUUCUCCACUUCUUGCUUUUUGAUAUUUAUAGGGUGUUAAGGCCUGGUGGUCUGUUUUGGCUUGACCAUUUCUUCUGUGUUGGUGAGCAAUUGGAGAAACAGUAUGCACCACUUAUCGAUAGUAUUGGUUUCAAUAAGGUGAAGUGGAUCGUGGGAAGAAAGCUCGAUAGAGGUCCCGAGCUAAACGAGAUGUACCUUUCAGCAUUGCUGAUGAAGCCAUUGAAGAAUUCUUGGUGACAAUAUUAUUUUUUU